GGUUUGCAAAAAUACUGCUGCGCAUGCAUGAACACGGCUGUCACGAGCGCCCUCUACGUGGUUAGAUGCGAAAAGCAGACGAACAACCAACGCUGGCUUAGCGCGCCUUGAGAGGCCUUGAGGCGCUAUUGAGAUCAUGUUCUUUUAGUGAUAAUGCCGGCUAGUUGUGUUGCGUAUGGGUGCUCAAAUUACUUCAGUGGCAAAGGGAGCACCAGUUUAUUUCGGUUUCCGUUCGAGAAGAGGGAUCCGGAGAGGAGAGCAGCAUGGAUACGAGCCGUAAAGCGAGUAAACCCCGAUGGCUCCGCGUGGCAACCGAGCCAGUACUCCAGGAUCUGCGGAGCUCAUUUCGUAACAGGUCGCCCGUCGAACUUCAGCAGGCACCCCGACUAUGUGCCGAGCGUGUUUACCUACACACGGUCUGUUGGCGCACCGGCAGUGCGUAGGCAUAGCCGUUGGAUGAACAGACAGGACAGAGAAUGUGCUACCAGCCCCACAUUGUCUCAUAAACACAAACACAACUUCAAGACUGAUUCUGCAGGUGCACAGUGCCCUCAAACAACUCCUUGA